UGGCUGUAGUGUGUUUAUAUGAGAGGAGAGGAGAGGAGAGGAGAGGGAGGGACGAUAGUCUUUCUUUGCCUUGUUUAUUUGGGUCUAUAUGUUACCACACUUUCUCCAGAAUUAUAUUUCCUUUCUUUGUUGAUCUCUUCCUUAUCUCCUUUCUUCUCUUUCUUCUUUCCGCCAUCUUUCCGUUCAUUCCUGAUCUCUCUCUCUCUCUCUGUGGCUGGCUUCUCUCCUCUUCAAAUAUUUUUCAAAUCGGGGAACUACAGAUCCGAGGAAAUAAAGAAUCAUCCACCAAUCAAAGCAUCAAAUCAAGGCAUCAAAUCAAGAAUCAUAGUGAGGAGUAGUUUGUAGAAGAAUCUUAUUCUUCGCUCUCAGUAGCAGUCCCAGUCUCAGUCUCAGGCGACAACGAAACUACGACGACUACUACUACUACCACCACAACUACAGCAGCUAGCCGCAAGAGCAGCAGGGAGUCGAUUCCGCCCCCUCACCUUCCAUUCCAUCGAUCGGUUCUGUUGGCCACCCGCCACCAUGUCAUCCUCCUCAGCCGCCUUUUCCUUGGAACGCCUCUACCCACCGCCUUCCGAGCAACUCUGCUACGUCCACUGUAACUUUUGCGACACCGUCCUCGCGGUAAGCGUGCCCUACAUCAGUUUUUUCAAGACGGUAACGGUGAGGUGUGGCCACUGCACGAACCUCCUCUCGGUCAACAUGAGAGGUCUUCUUCUCCCGGCCGCCACCAACCAGCUUCACCACCUCAGCCAUGCUUGCUUCAACCCGCCCCACCAAAACCUCCUGGAGGAGCUACAGUGCCAGCCCCCAAAUUUACUGCUGGAUCCGUCGUCACUGUGCAAUGCUAAUAACAGCAACAGCUGCAACAACGGGAGCAGCAGCAGCCUAAUCAACAGCAACGCCGCCGUUAGCAAUAGCUGCGACGGCAACACUAUGGGGCCUGCAGCGAAUGGGAUGGAAGAUGACCAACUUCCACGCACCUCGAUGGUCAACAGACCACCAGAGAAGAGGCAAAGAGUUCCAUCUGCGUACAAUCGCUUCAUCAAGGACGAAAUCCAACGUAUUAAGGCUGGGAAUCCCGACAUCACGCACAGAGAAGCCUUCAGCGCUGCUGCAAAGAACUGGGCCCACUUCACGCACAUCCAUUUCGGCCUGAUGCCCGAUCAGGGUCUGAAGAAGGCCAGCUUGCGCCAGCUCCCGGAAGGCGCUGAGGAUGUUCUUCCCAAGGAGGGCUUCUACCCCACAGCCGCUGGCCCUGUCGCUGCUGCUGCUGCAAACACGGGAGUCACUCCUUUCUAAGUGCCCAAGGACGACACACGCACAAAAAAACACACCCUCUCUCUCCAGCUCUCUCUGCUACUACUGCAACAACUGUUGCUAGUCUUCUUCUUAGGGUUUACUACUCUCCUUUAGGGUUAACUAUCCUUCUUUUCUUUUUUGUUUCCGAGUUGUUGUUGUUGUUGUACGUACUCUGGGUGGAUGUCGAGUUUAGGUCGGCACGGCCGCGGAGGGUGCAAACGCCUGAAGAAAAAGGUCGGUGUGCUCGGUCGUGCCUAGUUGUGCCUUAAUUUGUCUACAAACGAGUGAGCACCCUCUGUCUCUUUCUCUUUCAAUCUCUUGCUAUGUGGAAGGACCUCGAACUGUUUGAUUAAAAAAAAAAACGGACCUCGAACUGUUUAGCAA